UGCUCUUAAACUUUAAUUACGUCAGUAAAGUAAGACAACGGGUUCAUUUAGUUGGGUCCGAAAAUGCCGCGGAAGAAACUUAGCAAAUCCAAACAGAAAUUUAAAAACAAAAAGAACGACACGUCGAAAAUCAUCCACUGCGUUGAGGAAGAGUCUAUCGGAACGAUGCGUAAAGAGUUUCCCGAAAAGCCGCAUGUGUGUGAACGCGACACACACAAGCAGAAGUGCGCAAAGUCCACUGGCCGCAAACAGAAGACAUCUAAACAAGUGCAUUUCGCUGUGAUGCCUGACAAAUACGAGCCUCUAGAGGAGGACACAGACGAAAACCUCAAGAAAAAUCGGGAGAAACAUAAAAGAUUCAGGAAAAACGUUUCAAAAGCUCUUCGCUUCACCUGGAAGUGUCUGGUCGUGGGACUGCAGAGUUUCAGCAAAUCAUACUCCGGGCCACUUAGUGUAGCUACCACACUGGUGCCUGAAAUCCAGAGGACAAGGCCUAAAGCAUGAUGAAAAAAAAUUGAUAGUGAACCAACCCUCUAUCAGUAUCUUAUGAAAUGUAAAGGUACUAUGCUUGACAGGAUUUCUGUAUCUUUUUUGAUGUGAUUGGUUCUUAAACAGUGCUGGUAAAAUGUGAGUGUCACUCACAAAUUGCUCCUGUUCAUCUUAAACACCUACAGGUCUGAACUUAAUUUCUCAUAAUUGAUGACUAAUCCUGUCACGCCUGAAGAAAACAUACUCUGUGAACUGGAUUAGAAUCUUGUUUGUUAGAAAGCAGGAGUACUUCUCCUUUUUAAGCAAAUAGCUGUGAUAAUAUGAAGUUAUUUUUCAUCUUUUAUUUUUUUGUGGUCGCUUGUCUUCAUGUCAAUCUUAAAGGAAUACUCAUGAAUUUAUACAGGGGUCGUGUAAACAGAUCAUUAUCAAGUCAAGGAUGUGAUUUUUCUCCUAGUGACACUAACCUAAUCUGUAAAUUUGAUUUCAUCUGUUAAUCAUCACAUUUCAUUAUAAAUGUUUAAGUCUACUAUAGUUAGGAAUUUCUUGCACAAAGGUAUGUGUUUUGUUAGUUUUUUUUUUAUAUAAUUAUAAACUGGAAACAUUUAGAAAUACUAACAUUGCCAUAAAAAUUGUAUAAUGAUAGAAAAUAUGUCUCUAUUUCUAGAGCUGGGAAUGUUUACUACAGAUGUUUUGCUGCAAUCUUUUAAGCAAUGAAAAAUCUCGCUUGAACAUUUAAUGCAAACCUUAUCGUGUCAUAAAAUGGGGUGGAACUGUG